AUGGCCGAUGAUAAAUCUAAGAAACCUGUCGACUUUUCCGAUUUUAAAGAUAAAGUCGUUUUAAUAGUAAAUACUGCAUCAAAAUGUGGUUUUGCCCCUCAAUUUAAUGGUUUAGAAAAUUUGCAUCAAAAGUACAAAGACCAAGGUUUAAUCUUAUUGGGUUUUCCUUCUAAUCAAUUUGGUAAUCAAGAACCUGGUACUGAUGAAGAGGUCCAACAAGUUUGUCAAGUAAAUUUCGGUGUAACAUUUCCAUUAAUGUCAAAAGUUGAAGUUAAUGGUGAUAAUGCUCACGAGGUUUAUAAAUAUCUCAAAAAUCAAAAAGCUGGUAUCGCAGGUAUUAAACAAAUUAAAUGGAACUUUGAAAAAUUUAUCAUCAAUAAACAAGGAAAAGUCGUUCUUAGAUAUUCUUCAAUUACAAAACCUGAAGAUUUGGAAAAAGAAAUCGUUAAAUUAUUAAAUGAAUAA